AUGUGGCAAGCUGUCUUUCCCAUGCACCUGCGGCGUAGCAAGAGCCCUUCCCAGGUGGGUUCUGCACGGAAAGCACUGAGAGUCCUGGGUCCCCCAGUGGGAGAAGAGGACCCCUUUGAGAGUCCACCCCCUCCACCACAGGACCAUGGGGACUGGACGGUGCUCCAGCGUUUGCCGCAGGAGGCCUGCCUCCUGGUUGCACAAUGGCUGCUGCUGCACCUUCCUCAGAUAUCGUGUUACACCGGAGGCAGUGUCCUCUCUCUCCCUGCGUACUUCAGUCCUUACAAUGGCGGGUCCCUGGGCCAUGAUGAGCGAGCUGAUGCAUACGCCCAGCUGGAGCUCCGGACUCUGGAGCAGUCCCUCCUGGCCACCUGCGUGGGAAGCAUCUCUGAACUGAGUGACCUGGUCUCCCGCGCCAUGCAUCACAUGCAGGGGCGCCACCCGCUCUGUCCUGGCUCCAGCCCCGCCCGCCAGGCCCGUCAGCCACCCCAGCCCGUCACCUGGUCCCCCGACGCCCUCCACACGCUCUACUACUUCCUGCGGUGUCCACAGAUGGAGUCCAUGGAGAACCCCAACCUGGACCCCCCGAGGAUGGCUCUGAACAAUGAGCGGCCCUUCAUGCUGCUGCCGCCACUGAUGGAGUGGAUGCGCGUGGCCAUCACCUACGCGGAGCACCGCCGCAGCCUCACCGUGGACAGCGGCGACAUCCGGCAGGCCGCCCGGCUGCUGCUGCCCGGCCUGGACUGUGAGCCCCGGCAGCUCAAACCCGAGUGCUGUUUCAGCUCCUUCCGGAGGCUGGAUGCCCGAGCGGCUACCGAAAAAUUCAACCAGGACCUGGGUUUCCGCAUGCUCAACUGCGGAAGGACAGACCUCAUCAACCAGGCGAUCGAGGCCCUGGGCCCGGACGGGGUGAACACUAUGGACGACCAGGGUCUGACGCCGCUGAUGUAUGCCUGCGCUGCUGGGGAUGAAGCGAUGGUCCAGAUGCUGAUUGACGCGGGGGCGAACUUGGACAUCCAGGUUCCAAGCAACUCUCCCAGGCACCCCUCCAUCCACCCUGACAGCCGGCACUGGACAUCGCUGACGUUUGCUGUGCUGCACGGACACAUCUCUGUAGUCCAGUUGCUCCUGGAUGCCGGUGCCCACGUGGAGGGCUCAGCAGUGACUGGCGGUGAGGACAGCUACACGGAGACACCGCUGCAGCUAGCCUCUGCAGCUGGGAACUACGAGCUGGUCAGCUUGUUGCUGAGCCGAGGCGCUGAUCCCCUACUCAGCAUGCUGGAAGCCAAUGGCAUGGCCUCCUCCCUCCAUGAGGAUAUGAACUGCUUCAGCCACUCAGCCGCCCAUGGCCACAGGAACGUCCUGAGGAAGCUCCUGACCCAGCCUCAGCAGGCCAAAGCGGACGUGCUGUCCCUGGAGGAGAUCCUGGCUGAAGGUGUGGAGGAGAGUGACGCGUCCAGCCAGGGCAGCGGCAGUGAGGGGCCCGUGCGGCUGAGCCGGACCCGCACGAAGGCCCUGCAGGAGGCCAUGUACUACAGUGCUGAGCAUGGCUACGUGGACAUCACCAUGGAGCUGAGGGCGCUGGGCGUCCCCUGGAAGCUGCACGUCUGGAUCGAGUCCCUGAGGACCUCCUUCUCCCAGUCGCGGUACUCGGUGGUGCAGAGCCUCCUGCGGGACUUCAGCUCCAUCAAGGAGGAGGAAUACAACGAGGAGCUGGUGACCGAGGGCUUACAGCUCAUGUUCGACAUCCUCAAGACCAGCAAAAACGACUCCGUCACCCAGCAGCUGGCUGCCAUCUUCACGCACUGCUAUGGCAGCAGCCCAGUCCCCAGCAUUCCAGAGAUCCGGAAGACCCUGCCCGCCAGGCUAGAUCCUCACUUUCUGAACAACAAGGAGAUGUCAGAUGUGACCUUCCUAGUGGAAGGAAAGCUGUUUUAUGCGCAUAAAGUCCUGCUGGUGACGGCUUCUAACAGGUUCAAGACACUGAUGACCAAUAAAUCAGAACAGGAUGGCAACGGCAGCAAAACCAUUGAGAUCAGCGACAUGAAGUACCACAUUUUUCAGAUGAUGAUGCAGUAUUUGUACUACGGAGGAACAGAAGCCAUGGACAUCCCGGCCUCCGACAUCCUGGAGCUGCUGUCAGCCGCCAGUUUGUUCCAGCUGGAUGCCCUACAGAGGCACUGCGAGAUCCUGUGCUCCCAGACCCUCAGCGUGGAGAGCGCCGUGAACACGUACAAGUACGCCAAGGUGAGGAAUGCCCCUGAACUGGCCGUGUUCUGUGAAGGCUUCUUCCUCAAGCACAUGAAGGCCCUGCUUGAGCAGGACUCCUUCCGGCAGCUCAUCUACGGCCGCAACAGCAAAGUGCAGGGCCUGGACCCGCUGCAGGACCUGCAGAGUACCCUGGCCGAGCGCGUGCACUCCGUCUACAUCACCUCCCGGGUGUGAGGGGGCUGGGCCCACAGCAGGUCGGCACACCCAGCCCCCUCUGGGCCAGGGCUCUGUCUCUACGCAUCCCAGCGGGUGUGAAAGGCUGGGAGCAAGUGCUUCCGGGCCGUCUGAACGAGUAUGUAGCCAGGGUCUGUGGAUGGGUCGUUGCCCCAUGGAGGGGGCCGGGGUGCUGGCUGAGGCCCUCCUGGAGCCAGGCUCAUGGGACUCAGUUUCCCCCUCUUUCCCCAGACCUCCCCUCUGGUGGUGAUCCGUCCUUGCGCAGGUAGAUGUGCUCUGAGCCCUCCUGUCACUGGGCAGCCCCACCUUCAACCCUCUGCCCCCGAGCUGUGUCUGCUUGACUAGCUAUGGGCAGACAAGGUCAAAAGGUGGCCCUUCCCCCACUUGCAACCCCCAUACCGUUUGCACCUUGAGGGUUGCCGUGUACUCACCCUCUUGUGCUCCCCUCCUGGAGAUCUAUGGCUGAUCCUGAUUCUUCCCGCUUGAAAUAGGGCCUGGAAGGCACGGUCAGAAGCUAACUACCCGCAGUCCCCACGCCUCCAUAAGCUCGGACGGUCCCAGCUGGGGCUCCUGGAGGUACAGGCAUCCUGAUGAAUGUAGAGAAUGUAUACUCUGGGCCUCAGGCCACUUCAUGCAGAAGCUGGUAUUUUUUUCUCAACAUCACGUCAGAAAGGCUGUCCAAAUCCCUGAACUUAUUCCUCAAGGCUGUGCCUUCAAAGGCUUGAUGUGAGCCUCCAGGGGGCCUGAAGAUCCCCACACAGAGGGUCACUCAGUCCUAUUCUCUUUGGUGUCUAGGCCGACAGAGGCCCUCCUUUGGGGACCACAAACCUGCUCAGUUAGUGGUAGGGCAGUUCCCCAACUGAUGCCUUCAGAGCUUUCAGUCUAAGCACAGGGUGGCAUGGAGGAGUCCGGGGGCCUCAGCCCAUGCUGCUGCUGUUUUUAGGGGCCCAUUCUGAAAACCCAAGCCUAGAUUUAGGCUGCCUCUGUGGGCUCAGGAAGCAGACCCCUAAAUGUACCCCUGGCUGAGUCCUCCGACUUGGGCUGGAGAGGGGGCACCUCUCACUGGGAACUGCAGUCCUGGGGGUAGAAAGGGUGGGGCAGUGGUGGGAGGGAAGGGGUGGGAGAAGGCCUGCUGCUUCUCACCUACCUGCUCCAGGCCUGCUGUAGGCCCCGGGCUUCCCUAGGUGGAGGGGCAGUAUCGGGCUGGACACUUGUCAUAUUUAUGGACCAGACACUGGGGGAGCAUUCCGGACAGCUUGCUCCGGGUGUAGCCUUCUUCAGGCUGUCUGGCUGCACCUUAGAAACUAUUUAUUCACCAAAAGCCCUGGGCACUUAAGGAGGUGUUACUUUGGUUACCUUGAAAAGCCCCUGGUGGCUUGCAAUCUUGGAAAAUAUUUUCGACUAGCUGCUUGAGCUGGAUGUACAAAGGAAUAGGCGUUAUUUUAUUGCUGUAAUAUUGUAUGAUACUGUAACUAUACAUUAAUGUUGUCACUUAUUGUAAAUGUAUCAUGGUUUUAUUAACAAUAAACACUUGUUAACAAU